AUGAAUUUAAGGAAUAUUAUUCUACCAAAUUCACAGCCUCCAGCUUUUUUGACUGUAAUAGUAUUGAUUACAAUCAUUUUUAUUUUCAUCACAGAUGAAUUUGUAGACAUUAAUAAAUACUGUACGCUAUCUCCAAGUUCAUUGUGGGACUUGGAUUUAACAAGAUUGUUGUUGUAUCCACUAGCACAUCUUUCAAUUCCACACCUUCUAUUCAAUUGUUUUGCUUUAUUCACUCCGUUAAAUGCAUUUGAAGCUACACAUGGUACAGUUUAUACAUUUAUAAUGUUAAACAUACUGUCAGUUGUGACGGGUGUGAUAUAUUGUGUUGUUGGUCAUUGGCUAUACCCGACCGUAGCAAUCGCUGGCGCUAGUGGAUGGUGUUUCACUUUAUUUGCCUAUUUUAGUGUGAGAGAAUCAACAGUUAAACCAACAACAACGUUGUUUUUUGCAAACAUCACAAUCCCAACAAUCUUGGAUCCUGUCGUUACUUUAGUAGUUAUUGCAUUACUUAUACCAGGUUCUAGUUUCUGGGGACAUUUAUUUGGAUUACUUGUUGGUUAUUUAAUGGGAUGGAAAGAAAUAAUAUUUAGAAUGGUAGUAAUACCUAGCUGGAUAAUUACUUAUUUCGAAUCAAAACUGAAAUUUUUUAUUAAUUUAACACCAAGGUUUUUAAAAUAUUAUCUGAAUGAAGAUAUACAAGUUAACGAAGAUUAUGUUUCAAUAUGGGAAAAUGUGGUAACGUUACCCAUUACAAAUAACCCAAAUCAACCAACUUUCCAAGGGACUGGAAAUGUUCUAGGUACAGCCUAA